AACACAUAUAAUGAGUGAGAAAGAAAAAAAGAUAGAGGUGGAGGAGGAGGAGGAGAAGGAGAAGGAGAUGCUUGAUCAUUGGAGCCACGAGCAUCCACUUACUCUGGUGGAUACUAUUGGACGCGACAUAUGUUAUGGUUGCGGCCGGUCGUUCAGUACCGGAGAGCAAGCUUAUGGGUGCAGCGUCACAGGAUGCAAGUAUUCGAGGCUAAUACACGAAGAAUGUGCAGCGACAAUGAGAGAGAUACGACAUCCAUUGCACACUCAACACAUACUCAGCCAACGCCACCAUCCAGAAUUAAUGAUGUGCGUUAUCUGCGAAAAUAUUAUUUAUAGCAUUGGUUACAAAUGUACAAGCUCGAGGUGUGGAUACCAGGUGCACCUGAGAUGCGCGCAGGGCAAGGGCGUGAUGGAUGCAGCAACCAAUGCUGAUGCUGAUGAGCAAAGGCACACCAUCAUACAUCAUCAUCCAAGUCAUCCUGACCAUGAAUUGAAGUUGUUGAGGAGAAGGUUUCUCUUCAAGUGCGAUGCUUGCGGCACCACACGCAAGGAUAGUUCCUAUAUAUGCACCAAAGAUGCUUGCCAAUAUUUGAUCCAUCAAAAAUGUGCUUCAUUGCCUCAGAACUUGGAAAGGGAAGACCAUCAUCACUCUCUUUCUCUCUCUUUUCAGGUCCCACCAGAAUAUAUCAUAUUUAACUACAAAUGUGAUGUAUGCAGCGAAGUUUUGCGGCUCAAAUAUUGGAUAUAUCAUUGUCAAAUAUGUAGGUUUAUUGUCCACAUCAAAUGUGCCUUCAACAAGCCGCCUCCUCGCAUUCCUGAUGCAUCCAUCGGGAAAGACAUAGUCCGUCUUCCAACGAAUGAGGUGGUCGAGGAACUAAUUACACCGUUUGUGAUGAGACAAAGAGGAGGAGAAACAUUGAUACCACCCAUCAUCAUCCCUGCUGCUGCUGCUGCUGAGUUGAUGAAGGUGAAAUAUGAGUUCCUUCAUCACCAACAUCAACUCACUUUACUCUCAUCUGGCGAUCCAAGCCAACAACAAAAAGAAGAAAACGAGGAGAAUUAUGGAGUGAGAUCAGAAUUGAUAUGUGAUGGGUGCAUCACUCCUAUAUCAUCAUCAUCAUCAUCAUCAUCAUCAUCAUACUACUACUACUAUAUGAGUUGCAGUGAAUGCAAAUACAAUCUUCACAUUGCUUGUUUUCACUUGCCACCUAACGUCCCGUCUCUUCCAAUCCACCACCAGAAAUACCCGCUAGUCCUCCAAUCUUUGGACAAACAUCAACCUUGGGAGAUCCAAUAUUGCAGUGUCUGUGAGUAUCGUAUGAAUGGGCUGUUUUACACUAGUGGCUUCAAAGUAGAUAUCAAGUGCGCCUGUAUGCCGGAUACCAUACUUCACGCAGCUCACCCGCAUCAUCUCCUCAAGCACGUGGCUCAGGAUGAACUACGCAAAGAUAUCAACUGGUGGAGCUUGACGUGUGCUGCUGGUUGUGGCGAAGACAUAAUCUAUUAUGAUUGUUACAGGUGCUGCAACAGCUCAUGUGAUUUCAUUGUGCACCUUAGAUGCACUUUGUUGCCGGCAUCAGUCACCAGCCGUAGAUGGGACGAGUACCACCCACUGCUGUUGAUGUAUGAUGCCACUCUUAACCGUCCUGGCGAUUUCUACUGCGAUCAAUGUGAAAAACCAAUGAAUCCCAAGAGUUGGAUGUAUCACUGCCGCGCCUGCGAUCUAUCCUUCCAUCCACAUUGCUUUCAAACUAUAUCCGGCGCGUAUAGAAACAUGAAGUUGGGGCAGGAAUAUGUGAUCAAUGACGCAGUUCAUCCACACCCUCUCAGCUUUCAACUUCUCACCACAAAGCGCCGCUGCGACAUUUGUCGAUAUAAUCAAUAUGAACGCCAAGGAUUUUACUGUGCACUAUGCAACUUCUUCAUUUGUUACAAUUUAUGCGGGGCAUACAUGGUCCUAGAAGGCAAGUUGAAGGCAGCUGAUUUAGAGAAAUUAUCUAUUUUAGAUCAUUAGUUCGUUCAUUAUAUUGUGCUGUGUUAUGUUUAAUUCAAUAAAAGUAUUAGUACUAUAGUUCUAUUUGUUUUACAUUAAAUGUGAAUGUGAAUGAUUUUACUA